AUGAAGAGUAUACAGGACUCCCACCACACAUACACCUGGAACCAAGCUGGUCUGGUCUGCGAGCGCCUUAUAGCUCAGGCCCACUGGCCGGAACGCCGCCGCGGCCCCAACCACCCCAGACAACCACCCGCCAGCUGUCCUCUCCGUUCUCUCCGCCGCCGCGCUGCAGGCCCAGGCUCGCACCCGAGUCCCUUCACACCCCAGGAAGUGGCGCGGCCUGUUGAGGGCAGCGUGGAGGAGGAAGAGGAGGCGCGGCUCAACGCUACCGAAGCUCCGCCGCAAAGGCUCAGGAGGAAGAGGGCGGUGCGCGGCCAAACGUCGAAGCUCGAGUCCGACUCCGGGUACCCCGCGAGGCCGCCCCGCCCGCUGCCACCCUCCCGAGGCCCAGCCCAGCGCGCCCGUCCCGCCACGGGCUGCCCCGCCUUCCCGCCCUCGUCCCGAAAACCCCGCGCCCGGCCCCGCCCCCGCCGGGGCCCCGCCCGGCCCCCCCCCCCCCCGCGCCCCGCCCCUCCCCGCCCCGCCCCGCCCGCGCCUCGGGCGCCCUCUCGCAGCUCCCAGGUCGGGCCGGCCGGAGGAGUCUCAGCUCUCAGCGGCUCGCACCCUGGCGCCGCGCUUGCCAGCCCUCCCUCCAGGCCCUCCCCCGGUCGCCGCUGUGGGGCAGCGCCUGGCAGGCGGCCCGCGGGCGGGUCGCCUCCCCUCCUGUAG